CAUUGUUGUAGUUUCAUUUUGCCGAAUCACGUAAGAUGAGAAACGUUUGUGACAUGCAGAUAAUGCGGAGACAUAUUGCAAGGUUGGUGUGCCUUUUGUUAUGGGAACCACCGGUGGAGACAGGGAUCGGUUGUACAAGACUGUUGAGGAUUCAAAAAUUUAUGCUGUGAUAUCUCCUCAAAUGGGGAAACAGGUUGUUGCUUUUCUUGAUGCCAUGGAGACUAUGGCUGAACGCUCCCCAGGUGCUUUUUCUGGGUAUAAGCUUCAGGUGAUGGAGUCUCACCAAGCAGGAAAGUUGGAUGUCUCUGGAACUGCUAAGGCUGUAAUAGCUUGCUUCCAGAAAUUGGGGGUGUCUUUCGAUAUGAACGACGUACAAUUGAUUAGAGACCCCAACCAACAAGUUGAGAUGGUAGGAGUUCCCGAGGAGUAUCUGACUGGUCACGCUUUCCACAUGUAUCAUCUGACAUCACCUGAUGAGACAGUUUCCUUUGAGUUUCAACAUAAUGUGUGCGGUAGGUCGAUAUAUGCAGAGGGUACUGUUGAUGCCAUAAUCUUCUUGUCAAAGAAGGUUAUGUUGAAGGCAGAGAAGCGGAUCUACAAUAUGAUUGACGUGCUGAGAGAGGGUAACAUGAGAUAGACUGUUUGGAUAGUGGAAGGGAUAGGUUAGUUAGUGUAGCUUUUCUCUCUGAAGUUUUGAUCUGCACCAACGAAGAACAGAUGCACCAACGUUGUAAUGUGGAAAUGCAAUUGCAUCCUCACGAUUUGCGGCUGCGCAGAGCUGUUUCAAGGUUGAAGCUGCAGCAGUCAUGGAGGAAACGAAAAUAUGGCCGAUUACAGUGCUACUAGAGGAGGGCGGCGGGUUCAGCAGCUAUACCCUCACCAACAAGCCUUCUUCACCAUCACGACAACGAACAACACCCAACACUCCUCCCUGCCACUUGUUCAAAGCCAAAGCUCCUCCUCGGCCUCAGGCAGCACCUCCGAAGAUGAUGAUCAGCAGCUGCAUCAUCAACAGAGCAUAAUGGUUCCUUCCAAUGGCAUUGCUGCUGCUCUAACUGAAGUUAUGGAUAACAAAGAUCAGACAUGGUCUAUCACUCCUCAAACCCCACCAGAUUUAUCUGUUCAAGUGCAAGAGGCUACGUUCACUGUUCACAAGUACCCCUUGGUAUCAAAAUGCGGCUACAUAGGGCGGCUCGAACUUCAGCCUUCAAUUUCAAACUUUGCCUAUGAAGUCAAGCUUGAAAACUUCCCAGGAGGACCAGAAGCAUUCGACACCGUUUUAAAGUUCUGUUAUGGCCUUCCCCUGGAUUUGAACCCCCAGAACAUAGCUCAACUUAGGUGUGCAUCAGAAUACCUAGAAAUGAGUGAAGAUCUUGAUGAUGGGAAUCUAAUCACAAAGACAGAAGCUUUCCUCACAUUCAUCAUUAUCUCUUCAUGGAGGGACACAAUCACCGUCCUUAAAUCCUGCGAAGCACUAUCUCCAUGGGUAGAAGAUCAACAAAUUGUUAGGAGAUGCUGCGACUCAAUUGCAUGGAAGGCUUCAAGAGACAAUUUGACAACUACUGGGGAUCCAGCAACAGCUAGUGAAGAUGCAUGGUGGCUUGAUGAUGUGGCCACCCUCCGCAUCGAUCAUUUCACAAGGGUUAUAACAGCUAUUAGGGCAAAGGUAGCAAACCCAGAGAUCAUUGGCAAGUGUAUAAUGCGUUAUGCAUCAAGAUGGUUGUCGGGAAUGGAUGAGGAGUUAGAAGUAAGAGGCUAUGCCAACCAGGGAAAGAGAAAGGAAGAUCAGGGUGCUGGACACGACAAGGAGAAGAAGGCAAUAAUUGAGAACCUAAUAAGCAUCUUGCCUCCUAAACGAGAAACCGUACCCUGUAGAUUUUUAUUGAAGAUGUUGAAGAUGGGUAUUGUUUAUUGUGCAUCACCAGCUUUGAUCACACAGCUAGAGAAGAGAGUUGGGAUGACAUUAGAGACGGCCACUGUGAACGAUUUGCUGAUCCCUAAUUACAAAAAUGAAGAUCAAGGGAAGCUACUAAAAUGCUCUGACCAGCAACACACGAUGCACAACCUAGAUGUCGUACAAAGAAUCAUAGAGUAUUUCUUGAUGCAUGAACAGGAUCAGCAGCAACUACAACCAACACCAGAGAAAUCAAGCGUCAGUAAGCUUCUAGACAGCUACCUAGCUGAAAUUGCCAAGGAUCCGAAUGUAUCCGUCACGAAAUUUCAGGUUUUGGCUGAAGCACUGCCAGAAAAUGCUAGAGCAUGCCAUGAUGGCCUGUAUAGGGCCAUUGACACCUAUAUCAAGGCUCAUCCUUCACUCUCAGAGCAUGAUCGUAAAAGGGUUUGCAAACUAUUGAUUUGUGAGAAACUAUCCCUGGAUGCCAGCAUGCAUGCAGCACAAAAUGAGAGGUUGCCUCUAAGAACCGCAAUUCAGGUUCUGUUCUCAGAGCAGGUGAAAUUGAGGGCAUCAAUGCAAAGAAAAGAGUCAGCAGAGAGCAGCAAUAUUUCAGAACAGGAGACACAUCAAACAGAAACAAAAUCAGAAAUCAUGACACUUAAAGCGGAACUGGGGAAUGUUAAGACACAAAUGACAGAGCUACAGAAGGACUACUUGGAACUGCAGCUCGACUAUGCUAGGUUAAGCAACAAGCAGAAACAGACAUUAUCUUGGAGCUUUGGUUGGAAAAGGAUAAGGAGAUCCUCUCUGUUCCACAGGAAAGCGGAUGGGGAGGAAGUAGAAGGAAGGCAGAGAUCCCAUUCCACAAGCGGUAAACCCAGCUUGAGAAGAAGAAUGUCCAUUUCGUAGAAUUUGAAGCAACAUGCCAAUCAUGCAGAAUGAAACUGCAACCAGAUGCCCAGAAGUAAUUUACUGUCUAAUAUGAAUUCAAUUCGACCCAUUUGGCUUUUCAGAAGGCCAAAGGUUAGAUAAAAGUAUUAACUGGGAUCAUUAGUUUGCAUGGAACCAUAUGAGUCAUCCCUAUAUCAUGUGCCAAAUAAUAUGGCCAAUGCUAUUUCUUUCUGUAGUCCUAGAUGCAGCC